CAUACACGGUAACCCUCAGUAAAGUACUAGUGACUGACUACGUACGAACAAAUGAUUACUUGUGAUCUAAUUAACCAUCAUUUUCCUAAAGCUUUAUAUUCAGAAGAGCCGCAGGCAUGGCACGUAGCAUGCUCCAGAGUCAUGAUGAUAUUUAAAUACAGGAGCAACCAAACGACCGAGUGUUUAUAAAGAAGCAGCUCAUCUUCUGGUAGCUACUCCCCCUACCUCUCCCACCCAGCUCGAUUCCAUUCCUUCAAUGGGGAGAUCGCCCUGCUGUGACGAGAAUGGCCUCAAGAAAGGUCCCUGGACUCCUGAAGAGGACCAGAAGCUGAUUCAGUACAUAGAAAAGCAGGGGCACGGCAGCUGGAGAGCCCUCCCUAAACUUGCUGGUCUGAAUAGAUGUGGCAAGAGUUGCAGGCUGAGAUGGACCAACUAUUUGAGGCCAGAUAUUAAGAGAGGCAAAUUCUCGGACGAGGAAGAGCAAACCAUCCUCAACCUGCACUCCAUCUUAGGCAACAAGUGGUCUGCAAUUGCCACGCACCUUCCUGGACGUACGGACAAUGAGAUCAAGAACUUUUGGAACACCCACCUCAAGAAGAAGCUCAUCCAAAUGGGGUUCGAUCCCAUGACUCAUCAGCCAAGGACUGACUUCUUUUCAGCUCUCCCCCAGCUCAUUGCCCUUGCCAAUCUCUGUGAAUUCGUCGAUGGUUGGCCGAAGGACAACCAUGCUGCACGCUUCCAAACCGAGGCAGUCCAGGCUACGAAGCUUCAGUACCUUCAGUUCCUGUUACAAUCUGCAAGUACCAUGACAAAUAGUUCCAACAGCAGUGGCCUCGGCACCACCACAGCUGCUGACUUGGAGACCAUGAGCCUGCUUAACUCUCAGAUGACUUCACCCUUUCCCACAAUGGCGCCUUCUGGUUGUCAAAAUAUCAACGGCCAUGAACAAGUUAACCAGAUAGCAUCAGUCUUGUUUGAGCCGCCUACAAGCCAGGAGAACAUUGAGUGUUACACCAUGACUGCGGGAUUUAGCCAGGGAGACAACAGCCAAAUAACAACACAGCGCAUUUCUCCUCCUUCAUCUCUUCCUCCUCUCAAUGGUGCAUCAGUUGCCAACCAGGGGGAUGUUUGCAGCAUGUCUAGCUGCAAUGAGAAUGAGACUCACUCCAUUUGGCCUGAGUUCUUGCUUGAUGACCAAUUCAUAGCUGAAUUUGCUUAAAGAUUCAUGGGAGAUGAUCUUCAAAGGUUCUGUCUUGUUUUCCUGGGUUUUUGGAUGUUCUGGUCUGAUGUUUGCAUACAAUGAUGGCUGCUGAAUUAGUUCUUCAUACUUGUAAAUGUAUACAUACAUAUAUAUAUAACACUGCAAAUUCUACUGCUUCUGCUCCUUCCUGUACUUGGCUUCUAUCUGUACAAAUGAUUGAUUACUUCUCCUGGAAUUAAAA